AAAUAAUUUGAGCUAGAUCUCAGCUGAAAAUAACGUGAAAAUGUCUGACAAAAACGCAGCAGCAGCUCUUUUCAAAUUCUUCGAUGAGGACUCCUCAAAUGGUCUCACGUUGGCCGAACUUAAGGAAGGAAUGACCAGUGUCGGUUCCAAAUUCACAGAGGAGGAAGUUCAGACCUUUUUUAACAAGUACGACGCUAACGGAGACGGUAUAAUCGACUUUAACGAGUUCCUGGGCCUCUGUAUUGAUCUGAAUACGAACGAGAGUGAGAAAGCAGUAGCUAAACUCUUCCAGGCAGUCGACGAGGACGGCAACAAGUCUCUCAGCCACGCAGAACUGAGGGAAGGAAUCGCCAACUUCACAGGGAAACCAGUGGGAGACAAGGAAGUGGAAGACCUUAUCAAACAACUCGAUAUUGACGGUGACGGCGAGAUCAGUUACUCAGAGUUCACCAGCAAUCUGUUAGUGAAAAUCACAGUAGCCGUGAAAAAGGGAGCCAAGUAAAUGUGACAACUGCUGAAUGAACACUCUGCAAAGUUAUCUUGCUAAGAGCUCUGCAACUGAGUCGGGUUGAGUUGAGUUUCAUUCCCGGAGAGUUAGAAAGUUGCAUUUCAAGUACUUUAAGUACUUCGUCGUACUUUAAGUACUUCGUCGCUUAAGUAAGAACUUUCAUAUUCAAUUAAGCAUUAAGCGAUCAAUAGCAAGAGAUUUAAAGUUUCAACCAGCCCCUUUAUCAUUAGCAAGAGGUCCUGAUAAGAGAUUUAAAGCUUCAACCGGCCCCUUUAUCGCCCUAUUUUCUUGAUUGGUUUCAUUGUAUAUAUUAGGCUAUAAUCAACAAUAUCGAAUACUUUAUGACGUGUAAUAUUAUCAUUAUCUUUAAAAAAUGUUAA